UACAAAAAUAGACAGGAUCCACUACCGAAGAUGUCAUUGUAACGUUACUUAUCUGAGGUGAAAUUGAAGCCCUUAUCUUUGACGCUGAACAGUACUUCAGUGCCUUGGUUGCCUUUUAAAGGCAUCAGUUCUUUGGAUUUGAUCCUUGAAUACUAAAUAUCAUGAGCAACUACAGCGUGUCUUUGGUCGGCCCAGCUCCUUGGGGCUUCAGACUUCAAGGGGGCAAGGAUUUCAACAUGCCUCUGUCUAUCUCUCGGCUUAACGAUGGUGGCAAGGCAGCCCAAGCACAUGUGGGGAUAGGUGAUGUAGUUCUCACCAUUGACGGGAUAAGUACGGAUGGGAUGACUCACCUAGAAGCACAAAACAAGAUCAAGGCGUGUACAGGCAAUUUGAACAUGACUCUGCAAAGAGUGGCUUUUGCGUCAAAACCCGAUCUUAUUAAUGUACCAAAGGGAGAACCUACAGAAGUAGUUAAGCCUGUGCCCAUUGUCUCUGCUGUUGCACCCAAAGUCACUGCCACUGCGAGCGUGGCUUACAAUAAGACACCAAGGCCGUUUGGAGCUGUAACCUCUUCCAAAAUCACCUCCAUCCCAUCACCGUCCUCCGCCUUCAUGCCGGCCCAGGCGGCAGCUCCGUCCCCGGUGGCGGCUGCCACCCCGGCCCGGUUUGCUGCUCCGGGGCUGCAUGUUAACGCCAGGCCUAACGCCGAGCAGCGGCCGCCUGCGCCGAGCGCUGCUAAACCUGCCAUUAAUGUCCCACGGCAGCCCCUCCCCAGCCCCGCUGCCAGCGACGGCGCCCAGGACGUAGCCGAGGGGCCGCAACGAGGAGUCAGAGAAAACCAGGGGGAGAGUAAACAGCAAAAUGGGAAAAUCCCACCCAAACGCCCUCCACGGAAGCACAUUGUGGAUACCUAUACAGAGUUUUACCACACACCCACCCACAGUGAUGCCAGCAAGAAGCGACUGAUUGAAGACACUGAAGACUGGCAUCCCCGGACAGGCACCACCCAGUCCCGCUCUUUCCGCAUCCUUGCCCAGAUCACUGGCACUGACCAUAUGAAAGAACCAGAAAAUGAAGCUGCAAAGAAGACUAAUGAUUCCCUGGAGACUGCCCAGCCUGCUGGUUUUACGGCUGCCUCGGCCAGGAGUCUGCCCGCCUGCCAAGAAAACGCCGUGGUGAGACCUUCUGCCGCCAGCAUCGUCUCUGCUGCAGCCCCCAAGCCAACGGGACCCCCGGGUGCUGCCAAGUACUCGGGCUGGCAGCCUGCAAACCAAGCAGCUCCUGCCAGUGGAUGGACAUCAAACAGUAUUAAAUCAACUGGAACAAGUGGCCCAAGUGAAAAAUUUGCUACAACAUCUCAACUAAAUGAGCAAGACACGUUGGUUCAGAGGGCAGAGCAUAUUCCUGCGGGAAAGCGAACUCCCAUGUGUGCGCAUUGUAAUCAAGUCAUAAGAGGACCCUUCUUGGUAGCUUUGGGAAAGUCGUGGCAUCCAGAGGAGUUUAAUUGUGCUCAUUGCAAAGCCUCCAUGGCUUAUAUUGGAUUUGUGGAAGAGAAAGGGGCCCUGUACUGUGAGGUCUGUUAUGAGAAGUUCUUUGCCCCUGAGUGUUCCAAGUGCCAGAGGAAAAUCCUUGGGGAAGUAAUAAAUGCUUUGAAACAAACUUGGCAUGUUUCCUGCUUUGUGUGUGUGGCCUGUCAUAACCCCAUCCGCAAUAAUGUCUUCCACUUAGAAGACGGCGAUCCCUACUGUGAGACGGAUUACUAUGCCCUCUUUGGUACUAUGUGCCAUGGCUGUGAAUUCCCCAUUGAAGCCGGAGACAGGUUUCUUGAAGCCUUGGGCCACACUUGGCAUGACACUUGCUUUGUAUGCUCAAUAUGUAGUGACAGUUUGGAGGGUCAGACUUUCUUCUCCAAGAAGGACAAGCCACUGUGCAAGAAACAUGCUCACUCUAUCAACAUCUGAUGCUUCGAGCCCAUCUUGUGUAACAAAUGUACUGAGCAUAAAGAAAGGUUAAAAUGUCCAUGUUCAAUGAUUGGUUAAAAUUAUUUAUGUAUUAUUUUCUAGAAUGGAAAAGAAAUGUAGAAACUUGUGGAGGGGGUUGAACACUAAUUUUUAGAGCAUUAUCAAUUAGGGUUUUGCUUCAAAAAAGAUAGGAUUUGGAAAUUGCACCCAGGCCAAACAAUUAGAAUGCCUUUACCUCUACAUUUGGCACAUUACUGUUUUGGUUUCAUGAGUUUAUGGCCACAUUUAUAUCUGCUUCAGUAUGAGAAGUGAAGCAUCUAUAAAAAAUAGCAGAUAUUAGAAGUCUUGGUUUUGCUGCUAUUCAACAAAUAGGAGAUUAGCUUCAGCGAUCCAGAUCACCUUAUUGCGCUGAUGUUUUUUGAAGUGUGUCUAGAAGUAUUGCAGCUAAACUCCAUUAAAAGGAACUCAAAGCAACGAGAAGAUUACACAGAACAUGUAGUUCAACAAAUGAUAUUUUUAUCUGACACUCAUAUACAUGAGACCUCCUGGCACAAUUAUAUUUACCUGUGCCUUUGCAGUUAAAUCUCUGAUGAGUCUGCAAAGGACAGAGAUUUUUACAAAGCAGUAAAGUGGGGCAGUGGCUCUGCUGGUGAAUAAGAAUAGUUUAGCAGAUGCCACUUAGAAGAAAACAUAAAUGGGAUACUCUUCCUUAACUCAGGUACUACCAGAACACUAGCCAAAAAAACCUACUGGUGAAGGUGGGUUUGACAAGAUGGAAGUGUCAGAUCUUGAAAAUAAGGGUUUGCAGUUCAGGUUUUAGAUAGUUUCAAGUGCCUUGGAAAGGGGAAAUUGCACUGAAUGUGUAGGUAACAAUGUUUCAUAUCUAGAAUGUGAGACUCUUAUUGAAUGAGGGAAACUGCUGACAUGCAACUGAGGACUUUUUUUUUUCCUCUGUAUGUCCUUUACCAUGUAGCUCAUGAAUAUGUUUAUUGAUGGUGUGCCAGGUAGUGUACCAAACACUUUAUUGCUCAGCUGUUGUGAUUUUUUUAUUAAGUUUUGAUUUCUCUCUUUUCUUCCAGAUGUAGGGAAUGUAUGGUAGAAUGAUAUAAUAUUGAGUUAGACAGCUCAGUAUCUCUCAGCUCUUGCAAGGGUGCAGAGAGAGGAUGCUGUUGUUUACUCCAAGCCAGGAGACAAAGCCAGUUCUGUGGCUUGAUAUGAAUUUUGCCUCCAUACAGAGAGUCAGUACAAGACCUGUGCACCAGUCAAGUCCCACUUCAAAUUAGGGCGUAACUGGUUCAGAGCAAUUGUCAGCAGAUUGGCAAGUGGUGGUGACCCUCUGCCACAGGUGAAUUUUGCUCCAGAAGACUUGCACAACAGAGAAGAGGGCCCUCUCAAGGCCAGAUCAGAUUCCUGCAGGAAACUGAAUUUACAUGGUAUUUAAUUCAACUGCAGUGUCAGAGCUGAAUUGUUAGUCUUUAGUGCUCUUUCAAGUAGACAUUAAAAAUAACCAUUUACUGGUUUGGUUGUGGAUUUGGUUUUUUAGUGAUACAAAGGACAGGUUUAUCCAUAAAACCAUGGGGCAAAUCACACAAAAAAAAUUGCCAUGGUUCAGUAAAGCAAUUGUAACAAGGAAUGUCAACAAAAGAGGAAGAAAGAAAACCACAAUUACUAUACUGAAAUAUGAGAAGUUAUUUGGCUUUCUUAAUUCAGCAAGACAGAUUCAUGUUGUGAGGCUACUUCACUUUAUUUCCUGAAGUUGUUUUUCUUUGAUACUACCACGUCUUUUUUUAACUUCUGGUGGUACGGAAGAAAUGGCAUAAGGCUGUUAAAAAUGUUUACACUCUUGUAGAUGUACCCUUUUGUGAGUUUGGCUGAAAAUCAGAAGGGUAGAAGCAGACUGGAAAAGAUACAGCAAUAUAUAUGAACCAGGUUGCUUUUGAAAUUAGGUGGAAUGUGGAGAAAUGAGACCUAGAGACUAGGUUUCAGUGGAGCUAUGUUGCACAUGAAUGAGGAAAGAGGGUGGGAAUGCACAGGAUAAGGCAUUCAGUAAUUUUUGCAAUUCAAACAUUGCUGUUGUAAAGUAGAAUAGGAACUUUCAGUUUAUCAUUGUCCUGAAAAUUAAGUUGACUUUAUUUUCUUUCAUAAUUUUAAUUUGAAUGGUAUUUCUUAAUCCAUAUACUCUAGGGUUUGAAAUUUUGCAGUCGUUAAUGAAUUUGAGGACAAAAGCCUGAAAGGCUCCAGUAGUGCCGCUUCGUUUAGCUGCUUUGCCUUUUAAUUUCUUCUUUUAUCUGUUUAAAAUUUAAAAGGAAGCAUAGAGUCACUGAUACAUAAGGAAUAUUUAAUGGCUCUACGGAAUUAUAGAAAUCAACUAUAAAAGGAACAUAAUUUUUAUUGUUAUUUUAAUGUGAGAUUUCAGUAGAGCACUUUAUAAUAAUGCCAUAUAUCUCACUGAAUAUUUAUUAUCUUUUUUUUGUUUAGGACUAUUUCAUACCGGUAUAUUUGUAUUUUGUGUUAUUUGUAAGCCUGGAUAUUUACCUCUAGAAUCUUUUGAUGUGCGAGCGUGUGUAUGUGUGUGUUAAAUAUGUCUCUACAUGCACACACAUGUACAUACUUUGAGAGACGUAUAUAUGCAUGUAUACAUACGUAUAUUUGGCUGCAGACUUGACAGCAACCGUCACCACAGUUACAUCAUCCUUUGGAGAUUUUGAGAGAUUUGGAACUGUUUUUCAUACAACACAUGUACAGUGUUCAUGUCUUAAGGGAACGCUAGAAAGGCAGGAGAGACACGUCAGUAAUUAAACUACUGUAGUUUUUUUGCAUGCAUUUUCAUUCAGUAAUUAUUUUUCUUCCAUAACUGCCUGCAGGAGAAUUGGAUUUAACUCUGUUUGAAGGUAAAAGGUCUUUAUAAGCGAGUAAUUGAAUAACAAUGACAGUUUCAGUAUAUUGUAACUAAAUAAUUCAGAAUUAUGUGUAAAUAUAAAUGCUUAAUAUAACAAUGCAAUAAAUUUAAAAGCAAAA